ACUGUUUGUUGCGUGGAUCCUGUGUAGGAUGGUCGCUGGCAGGCGAUUUCUGAGGCUCCUGCGGGCACCCUCCGGUUUCAUGGCUCAGACCGCACUCGAGGGCGUGCCCCUCUCCAAGGGCCUGCACGCGGGGCACGGGCCCCGAAGGCUCUCCAUCGAAGGCAACAUUGCUGUGGGAAAGUCCACCUUUGUGAAGUUACUCACGAAAAGUUACCCAGAGUGGCACGUAGCUACAGAACCUGUAGCAACAUGGCAGAAUGUCCAGGCUGCUGGCACGCAAAAUGCCUACAAUACCCCAAAUCUUGGAAACUUGCUGGAUUUGAUGUACCAGGAGCCAUCACGAUGGUCCUACACAUUCCAGACGUUUUCUUUUAUGAGCCGCCUGAAAAUGCAGCUGGAGCCCCCCACCGAGAAAGUCUUCCAAGCCAAGAAAGUGGUACAGAUCUUUGAGAGGUCUGUGUACAGUGACAGGUAUAUCUUUGCAAAGAAUCUGUUUGAAAAUGGCUCCCUCAGUGAUUUGGAGUGGCAUAUCUAUCAGGACUGGCAUUCUUUUCUCCUGCAGGAGUUUUCUAGCCGGCUUCCAAUACACGGCUUCAUCUACCUUCAGGCUACUCCACAGGUUUGUUUGGAGAGACUACACCGGAGGGGCAGGGAAGAAGAGAGAGGAAUUGAGCUGGCGUAUCUCGAGCAGCUUCAUGAUCAACACGAAGCCUGGCUUGUUCACAAGACCACCAAGCUCCACUUUGAGUCUCUAUUGAACGUUCCAGUGCUGGUGUUGGAUGUUAAUGAUGAUUUUUCUGAAGAAGUAACCAAACAAAAAGAACUCAUGAAAAAGAUAUACACCUUUGUAAAUAGUUUGUAACCAAUACCAGGAUGUCCUGGCUGUGAUCUGGGCUCUCUGACUCUGAAGCUAGAAAACACCGAGUCAACCACCUUUCCAUCCCUACACCUGUCUCCUUUUGCUCCUAGAGUGCCCUGACACGACACUGUGCGGUUUCUGUUACCUUAGACUUUGCCAUGGUCUUCUUUUAUAUCUCAAAGUCUUCUAAAAUAAAGUUUAUUUAAGUUUUGCUUA